AUGAGUGCACCCCUUCAAGAUCUAGCAUCGCAGCUGAACGUUGCGCAGAGCGAUAAUGUCCUUCUGCAACAAGAGAACGAGCAAUUGAGAGAAGCAGCGGCAGAGAGAGCAAGCCGCAGCACGAGAGGCUCUCGUCUUGCGAUGCGCGUCUUGCGCAACAAUGUCUUCACUCUCUCUCAGCUGCUUGCCGACCGCGAGAACCGAGAUCGUGCUGUGGCAGAGCGUCAAGGACGCACCAGACAUCGCAGAAUUGCUGAUCUUGAGUUUGUCGACGCAGAAGAAUGGGUGGACAACGACGACUACGAAGAUGCGAUGGACAUUGGCCUAUGGUUGCCAGAACCAAUGCCAAUCUUUGACGAUUGA